GCUGAGUACAGAAGGAAACUAGAAAUACAAUAAAAAAGAGCUUAAAAUACAAAACCAUUCUAUGCUAUUGCUUGCUCAUGGCGGUCCUGAUUUACCUGGAGUCCUGGACGCUUGCGUGGCUUUUAAGGGUUAGAAAGGGUUGCAUUCCCACAGGAGGGCACUGUGCUUCUUCGCCACUCAUCCCGUCUGCAUCAAGGUUGGUGUUUUUCUUCUUCUAGAUGUUAAUUGUACUUGGUAUUCUUUGGCAACCACAAAACAUGGCAGACACAAACAUCACCGGUGGGUAGUGUUUUUCUUCUGAAACAUGGAUAGAAUUGAAGAUGAAGGUUGAGGCUGAUGACAGUGUUAUCCGACCAACCCAGCAGGUAAGUCUUGUUGGCAUCACUAAUAUCUUGCGAUGAGAGAAAAGCGGCUCCUUGGCAUGGCUGUUAAGCAAAGUUUGACAAACCUCAUCCCACCCGCUGGUGCUGGAGCAGUCUCUGAACUCAACUCUUCCGAUUUAUCAAGAAACGAUCAUAUAAACCUCAAGUAGUAGAUGGUUAGUUGAUAAUCUCUUAAUUAAUGAAUCAUCUUGACUUCAAUCAGGGCCAGGACCAAGCAGGAAUGAACAUUGACCAAACCAUUACCAUGGGCCUGGUACAUUUGAAGGGUGUUCGCAUAAUUGCUGUGAUGUUUGAGGGGUUUUUUGUCAUAAUUCGGCAGAUUUCAACGCCAAAAAAGGAAACAACACCUGGCUAUGUUUGGUCUCGUGGCUCUGCCGCCUCAAGGGUAUCAUCUCUCGUCCUUUCUCCUCUCUUGAGUCGUGAGGGAAUAUGGAGUCUCAGCCGGGAGAUAUGAUUCCGGGAUUGCCUGAUGAUCUGGCAUUGAAUUGUUUGGUGAGGAUCUCGCAUGGUUAUCAUGGGUUGCUUAAAUGUGUUUCCAAGAAAUGGGAAGCAGCAAUUAAGAGCAAUGAUUACCUUUGUCUGAAGGAAAAGGAGGGUUUGGGUGGAAAUUGGCUGAUUGCUUUAUCACCUUCAGAGCACACUUUCAACUGUGUUGCAUAUGAUCCAGAUGCAGAUCGUUGGCAUCCCAUUCCUCCAGUGCCAACCACUCAGCGACGUCUAUCAUUUGGGCAUUCAUGUGUCAGUGCAUGCAAAAGGUGUUUCAUUAUUGGUGGCGCCUAUACAAAAUCUACUUUUGGUCUGCCUGUACCUUCUAGUGAGGUGCUGAUGUUUGAUCCAUUCAAGAUGAAUUGGAGUAGGGUGUCAAACAUGACGAGAGGACGAAAUUUCUUUGCAUGUGCUGCUGUUCUUGACAAGAUUUAUGUGGCUGGUGGAUCUGACAUUUCUCAUGAGACGGGAGAGGGGCUUGCUUCGGCUUCUGCUGAGGUUUAUGAUCCACUUGAAAAUAGGUGGGAUGAGCUGCCUCCAAUGCCUGUCCCAUUGAUCGGCUGUUUCGGUGUAUCCCACAGUGGUCAAUUUCAUGUUCUUGGCAGGAUAGGACCUGACGGUGGGGAGGUCGAUACAUAUUUCAGGUUCAAUCCUGCUGACCAUCGUUGGCAUGCCGGGAAUGAUUUUGAAGAAUUACCAAGUUCGAGCCACUUGUAUCCCUCAGCAACUCAUGGUGUUUAUGCUGUUGAUGAUAAGCGUGCAAUUCAAUAUCCAGAGAAUGGUUUAAGGAACUGGCAAACUAUUGGUGUGAUUCCUGAUGUUGCUCUUCCCAAUCAUGACCAAUUGCUGACACCUUUUAACUAUGCUUUUGUUAGCUACAAGAAAUACUUAUUUCUUAUGGGAGGAUCAGUUCUUAAGUUUGAUGGGAGGUACCGAUGCUCUUUCAUACCAAAACUGAGAACAGCUCGGUUUUGUGAUACAACUCAACUUCCACUGGAAUGGAGGGAUGCUAGACCAUUGCCUCCGGCAUAUGCUGGUCCUACAGAAUGUUUCACCUUGGAGGAAUGACUCACUGAUCUCUAAUUCUGUUUUAUUAUCGACAGCAAGCAUCUUCAUAUGUUUGUCAAAGAAGAACAAUGAAGUC